AUGAACAAACAACCUGCACUCGAUGAACUUUUGAAAAUUAUUUUUUGGCAAUGCAAAAAAGGAUGCGGUGUUUCAUGUGGGUGCAGAAAAGUUGGUUUAUACUGUAACUCUACUUGUUCUGGGUGCUCAGGAGAACUACUUUGCGAAGAUGAUCAAAUUAAAAUUGUGGCUAUAAAAGUUCUCAAAGAUUCUGCCAACAAAGAAGCCGAAGAGGACUUUUUGAGGGAGGUGGAAAUAAUGAGCGCAUUUAGACAUCCCAAUAUUCUUUCUUUACUUGGAGUGGUUCCGAAAGAUGACAGCAUUAAUCCGAUGAUGGUCUUCGAGUUCAUGCCACACGGCGACCUAGCCAAACUUCUCCGAUCCCAAAAAUGUUCUGAACUGGAAAAAGAUCUUCCACAACUAACAAAAACCGAUCUUCUUGCCGUAGCUUUUCAGAUAGGACUAGGAAUGAAAUACUUGGCAUCACAGCGUUUCGUCCACAGAGAUUUGGCUUGCAGAAAUUGCUUGGUGGCAGAAGGACCAGUGGUGAAAAUUGCAGAUUUCGGAAUGAGCAGAGACGUGUAUACCUGUGAUUAUUAUAAGAUUGGUGGAUCUAGACUUUUACCAGUCCGUUGGAUGUCUCCAGAAAGUGUAGUUUACGGUCGUUUUACCUUGGAAUCAGAUAUAUGGUCAUACGGGGUAGUUCUGUGGGAGAUUUUCAGUUUCGGAAAACAGCCAUACUAUGGCCACAGCAACGAAGAAGUCGUCAAACUUAUUUUAGAUGGAAUAAUGUUGAUACCGCCAGAUGAUUGCCCUUCCUACAUAUGCGAACUUAUGAAGAACUGUUGGAAAACUGAACCUAGACAUAGAAUUACAUUUCCCAGCAUCUGCGAAAAAUUGGAAGAAGCCUUUGAAAAUCAAAGAAAACCAACUUUGUUUAACGAAAACGAAACGAAAAAAAUGAAAAUUGGUAGCAAUAAAAGUCUUCCAAGGCCUCCUCCUCUGCCCGCUUUCACGCAGAUCGAUUUGUUAGAUGGACAAGGCUAUUUAUUACCAAAGGAAGUUAAAGAUCCUGCUACUUAUUUAGAGACUAGAUGUGACUGA